GUGAGUCACUUGAAGUAAGUCGGCGUCCACGCGUUCCGCAGCCCAGGCAAACAUUAUCCGUAUAGCGUACCUGUUUGUGAAUCAUGUUUCCAAUCGGUUAUUCAGUUCGGGGGCAACCGAAAUCCGAUCUCUUGGAAAAUUUUCAGUAUUUCCCCCCUCGCUCAUAGACAACACAACAUGGAUGGGUUGGCGAUGCUCGGAAAGGUGGAUUGAUAACGCACUUAUUGGUCCAUAACACGAAGGUCAUUGUCUACGGAAUUUUAUUGAAAUCGUUCGGGUUGUGCCCUCUGGUAUCCCCUUUGGUGUUAAUGACGUCAUCGUUCAAAUUUAUUUGUGCUGGCCCUGCUCCACCGUGCCUCGUCAUCCGCUAGCUUCCUGCGCGGCCCGUCCCCCGUGACCUUCGUGUGUGUGUUCCGCUCACUCGUUCACUGACUCAGUACUAACUUUAGCUGGAGUGGGACUACAACGCUCGUGAAUCAAUUUCGAAGUCAUGGCAACAAUUCAUGGAAACAGUAUUGUUAACCCUGCCUUUGCCCUUUGGCUGUGGAUCAUAUAUAUUUGCUGUUCUAGUAUGGUGUGGGCGAAUGCCUCAGGAGACGUUCGAUUAGUGGGAGGGGCCAAACCCAACGAAGGUCGAGUUGAAAUACACAACGAUGGGAUCUGGGGAACCUACUGCGGAGAUUCCAUUGACGUUCAGAUAGGCAUGGUCAUAUGCCGGCAAGCCGGAUACCCGGGAGCUGCCAUGAGGUUUCAAACCAGUCAGGAAUUUGGAUCCGGAACGGGACCGGUUUACUACAACGGAUACAUGUCAUGCGUUGGAAAUGAGAGAAGUCUCGCAUAUUGCCACUUCACAAACUACAAGUAUUCAGUUUGCACUCAUAGUAAAGACGCUGGCGUGAUAUGCCAAGAGCCUGGAUACGUGGGAUGCUACCCAGCUGAUGGUUCCAACAUCCAACCAAUCUUAUCCCUCACAUCAUCAGAGGGAGCCGAUAGUGUAGAUGAUUGCCUCACCCUCUGUCGCACUGAAAACACGUCGCAUGCUGCUAUGUCGGGCAAAAGCUGUCAUUGCAUCAACCAGUUACCAAGGAACGUCAGCUCCAGCAGGGUGACAGACGAUAAAUGCAGUUCCACCUGCUCCGGGAAUUCCCGCCAAAUUUGUGGGGGUCCAAACCACUAUUCCGUUUUCAGCACAACCGAUGGGUUUUGCGACCAACUGCUUCCUCCUGCAAAUGGCACCAUCGAUACGAAAUACACACGGUAUGGUACCACUGUGACUUUUGGCUGCUUCCCGGGCUUCGAGUUAGAAGGCGCCAAAAAGACGCAAUGUGUCAGAAGUGAGACGCACACCAGCGGAUUCAAGUGGGACAGCGUCAUUCCAAUCUGUACAGAAACCACCCUCGUGCCGCUAUCCCCAAGGUCAAGAAGUAAUCCAGGCAUCGUUAUUGGGAUUAUCAGUGGAAUUAUCCUUGUUGCCAUCGUGAUGACCUUAUUGUUCAUCUACUGCAGACAAAGGAGGCCGAAGUAUGAACGAAAACCACUCCAUGUUCGGACUUCCUGGAGCCCUCUUCACAUCCGAUCUUCCUGGACUCCCACCUACCUUCACAAGGGAGAGCUAAACGCCGAGCCACACAUGUACGAAACAACUAGCCAAGGAGGGGCUAGCCUUCACUCCACUCCCAUGCACCGUGCCGUAACUCCAGGCGGAACCUCCGAGCACGAGUACGCUAGCUACCAUGAAUUCCAGCAUGAUCUUCUGGUGGAGGACACAGCGCUUCUACACUCCCCAAUCGAGAAGGUGUCCAACGGACGUCUGACGCUCAAGGAUAGUGGCGAUUGCUGUAGUCCUACAGCGACUACCACCAUGGUGGUCAACGAAUUGUACAACCCGCAGGGGAAUCCUGAACACAACAUCUACGAGAUCACGGAAGAUGAGUUCCAACUCCUGCGGGAGUCGCAGCUUCUUGAUAACAGAGAACAACCCGCGUUGCCUCGGAGAACGUCCCUUGACGCGAGGAUAAAAGAAGAAGAGCACAUAUAUGAACCGGAACCGAUUAGUGAGUUGUCUUUCGCAAUGGACAAGGACCACGUGUAUAGCUCAGCAGACUAUGCGUACGCGGAAGUUGAUGCCAGAGACAGUGGGGUGGGUACCCUCAGUAUGAGCAUGAGGUUACGGGGGUCACUCCCAUGCUUCCACGAAACUAUGGUGAAGAAUGAACUCUAUGUUUCAUCGGACAACGUAGAGGAGCAACCGGUGACAGAAGAACCUGACAACACGGUCAUGGUCGAUAACAUUCUUUACAAACCACAAUCCUAGCGGCAACCUUAGCCAAAAUUGUUCCUAGACAGCGUUUAUUCUGUCAAUGAAAGCGUCAUUCCUGGUAUUAGUGGAGUUAUUUUUUUUUUGUAUCGUGUCGCCGCGUGUCGCUGACAAAACGCCAUCUUGUGGCGUAACCACUUGCAUGACUGGUGAGAAAUCGC